AGUGUUUGGAUGUGUGCUAUUUUAACGAGUGGCUAAAUAUCUUCGUUCUUUAUAAUUCUAUUCAAUCUUGAGAAUUUUUGGAUAUUUUAUAAUUUGAGAUGAAUAACAAAUUUAUGUAGCAUAUAAAAUGAAAUAGUUACUGAAAUAGUGUUGCAGAAAAGAACAGAUUUUAACAUUAUGUGGAAUUCAGAGUUUAAUGACUUUGAUGAAGAAAUGACUAUUAGAAGUUAUACAGAAUUAUUAGAACAAAGACAAGAUGAAGAGGGUAUUGAGACUGCAUCCACAGUUGAACAACUCAAUACAGAAAAAAAUAUACUUGAAAUUUAUGAAAUGAACAAAGAGCCUAUUUUAACGAGACAAAAACAUGUGGCUUUAUUAAAAAAAUCAUUGAUUCAUCUCAGCGAGCCUUAUGAGGGUUUAGAUUCCAGCAGACCAUGGUUAUGCUAUUGGAUACUUCAUUCACUUCAUAUAUUAGGAGAAUCUUUAGAGAAUGAAGAAUAUUCUAAAAUUGCCGGCUUUCUUGGCAAAUGUCAAUCUGAAAAGGGAGGCUUCGGUGGAGGUCCAGGGCAGCAUCCUCAUCUAGCACCAACUUAUGCUGCUGUUAAUGCUUUAUGCAUUAUAGGAACUACAGAAGCAUAUGCAGUAAUAGACAGAAAAAGACUGUACAAUUUCCUAUUGUCCUUGCGAGGAGAGGAUGGUGCUUUUGGUAUGCACGUGGAUGGAGAAGUCGACAUCAGAGGAGUAUAUUGUGCCGUUUCUGUGGCCAGACUUACAAAUAUCUACACCCCUGUAUUGUUCAAAGGAACAGAAGAAUGGAUUGCAAAAUGUCAAACAUGGGAAGGUGGAUUUGGAGGUUGCCCAGGUAUGGAGGCACACGGUGGCUACGCAUAUUGUGGUUUGGCAGCCCUUGCGCUUCUUGGGAAAACUAACGUUUGUAAUAUGUCAUCGUUAUUGAGAUGGAUAGUUAAUCGUCAGAUGCGUUUGGAAGGGGGUUUCCAAGGACGUACUAACAAAUUAGUAGAUGGAUGCUAUUCCUUUUGGCAAGGUGGAGCUUUUCCAUUGAUCCAUGCAAUUUUAACAAAAGAAGGAAAAGUAUUCAAUACUAAUUAUUGGUUAUUUAAUCAAGAGGCCUUACAAGAAUAUAUAUUAAUUUGUUGCCAGCAUUCUUCUGGAGGACUCGUGGACAAACCUGAAAUCGUGAUAUAUAUCAUACCUGUUACGCGCUGAGUGGUUUAUCAAUCGCACAAAAUUCGCCACGCCGUUUGAUAAUUGGACCACCUAGUUUAAAUACAGUAGAGAUUAUUCAUCCUGUUUAUAAUUUGGUGCUGUCCGCCGCAGAGAAUGCUCUUAAAUAUUUCGACGAACUACCGAUACCUGACUGAUCGUGUAUCUAAUCAAAUAAAUUUCUAUUUCUUUUCCCAGAAA